AUGUCGCGCCCUGCUGCAACCCCCCAUCAUCUUCCCAACCACGAUGCCGACAACGGCAUUGCCGCCGCCCACACCGGCCCCCCGCACCUCCACAUCCUUCCAUACGCCCCGCCAGGACAGAUGGAAGUCGACGCCCACGAUGUGAAAGAGCAACUCGAUGUCGAUGACAUGGACCAUAAAUCCGGCGCCUCGUCGCCAGCGGACGAUGACACGAGCGAGAGCGGCGACGCAGCUGAGAGGAGGAUCGUUUCGUUCGGCAAGAACGAUCCAGAAGAUCCGACUCAGUGGCCUGGGAAAAAGAAAUGCGUCCCCCUCCUCUCCACCAUCUCCUGCGUCAUGAACAGCACCAUCUCGUCCUCACUCGCGGCCGGCGCCAUCGACGACAUCUCGGCGUACUUCCACGUCACCAACCAGGCACAGCUCGUCCUGCCCACGUCCAUCUUCAUCGUCGGCUACGUCGUCGGGCCCCUCAUCUUCGGCCCGCUGAGCGAGUGGUACGGCCGGAAGCCCGUCAUGGUCGUCGCCUUCGCCAUGUUCACCGUCUUCUCCAUGGCGUGCGCCCUGGCCGACUCGUUCGCCGCGCUGGUGGUGUUCCGGCUGCUGGUGGGGAUCCCGGGCAGCUGUGCGAUUAGCGUUACGGGUGGCAUCAUCGCCGACGUCUACAACGACCCCACCUCCCGCGGCCGCGCCAUGGCGCUGUUCAUGGCCACGACGACCUUCGGCCCGCUGAUCGGCCCCAUCGCCUCGGGCUUCAUCUCGACCGUCAGCUGGCGCUGGGCCUUCUGGCUGGGCCUGAUUAUCGCGGGCGCGGCCUGGGUGCCGCUGCUCGCCACGCCCGAGACGUACGGGCCCGUCAUCCUCGAGAGGCGCGCGCGGCGGAUGCGCAAGGAGGCGGCCGCGAACGGUGGCGACCAGAACGUCUUCGCGCCCAUGGAGCUGGAGCCGAGGGACUGGAGGCACGUGGCGACGGUGGUGCUGACCCGGCCGAUUCGCAUGAUGCUGUUUGAGUGGAUCGUGCUGUUCUCGUGCCUGUACCUCUCGUUUGUGUAUGCCGUGUUUUACAUGUUCUUUCAGGCGUAUCCGAUCAUGUUUGGAGACACAUACGGUUUCACUCCCGGCGAAGUCGGGCUCACCUUCCUCCCAAUCGGCAUCGGCGCCGUCAUCGCCUCAGGCAUCUACCUCUGGUACGACACCUUCCUCGCGCGCGCGCGCAGACGCAACGCGGCGUGGACGCGCAGCGAGGAGGCGCGGCGGCUGCCGCUGGCGUGCGCGGCGGGGCCCUUCAUCGUCGUCUCGCUCUUCUGGGCGGGCUGGACGGCGGCGACGGGCGCGACGCACUGGGCGGUGCCCGUGUGCGCGGGCGUGCCGUUCGGCGUCGGCUACCUGCUGUGCUUCAUGGCCAUCUUGAACUAUCUCGUCGACGCGUACUCCACCUUCGCCGCGUCCGCCAUGGCCGCCGCCGGCACCUCGCGCAGCGUCUUCGGCGCCGCGCUGCCGUUCGCCGCGCGCCCCAUGUACGCCGCGCUCGGCGUGGCCUGGGCGUGCAGCCUGCUCGGCUUCGUCACCCUCGCCCUGUGCGCCAUCCCGUUUGCGUUUUGGCGGUUCGGGGACGCGAUUCGUGCGCGGAGCGGGUUUUGUGCAAGUGGGGAGUUGGGGAAGGAGGGGGGAGGGGAGGAUGGGGACGGGGAUGGGGAUGGGGAGGGGGAGAAGGGGACGGUGUGA